AUGGUCAACGACAUGCUGCAAUCGGCAGCGGAGCUAGCACUCCCAGCACCUGGGCCAUCCUUGUCUUUUCACGUCUUUCCCCACCUCCCUGUCGAGCUCCGACAAAAGAUCUGGCGCUACUCUCUUGCGCCCCGGAUCGUCGAGGUCCACGCCCGCAGAUCGCAUUACGCCGAUGACUUCCAACAUGGAGGUGUGCCAAAAUGGCAAAGCGGUUGUAACAAUCCUGCCGCGCUGUCUGUAAAUUCCGAGGCGAGGUCCGCCGCAUUGGAUUGUUAUCCCAUCAAAUUGCCCCUUGCGACUAUUGCGCCAUGUGAGCAUGCUGGCGAUAGUAUUAACGACUUGAAUCGUGUGUUGUAUAUCAAUCCUGAGGUCGACACCGUCGUUGUACUUGGCGAUCUGGACUAUCGCAGAAUGUCGCACCUGCUAACGGACUUGGGUCUUCGUGAUCCGAAGGGGAAAGGUCUGCGGAGAUUGGCUGUCAGCGCCAGCUGGACAUAUCAUCAAGGAGCUGGCGACACAAUCAGAAUGCUCGUUCAACACAUGUUUCCUGAACUGAUUGAGAUGACCGUGUUUAUGUAUGCUGAAAGAUUACCCCCUGCCGAUUGGGCUGGUGGAGUGUGCUCGCUGGAAGAUUGUAGUGGGACGGACUACUACAAGCGGUAUGCAAUGGGAAGAGGCCAACAGAUGAAGGAUGGUGAUAGAUGGAUGUCCUCAUGUGAUUUUUUCUUCUUCCAUAAAAGGAGCUUCAAGAUCGUUGGCUUCUACGGGACCAGCGGGGAAUACGGGAUGUGCUACGAGUUUGGUAUUAUCACGGCGCCAGCAGACGCCGAGCUUCCCGACUCUGUCUAUGGCAUGCCCGAGUUACAGAAUCUCCCCAACGACGGAACCCGCCACCGAAGCAAGCGUAGAAGGGUGGACCGCAGUAACUAUGACAGCAAUACAGAGAACGACCAGAACACCCCUGAGGACGAGGACGGUGGUUAUGACUGCGACUCGGAUAUAAACGAAGACUGA